AUGGUCUAUCAAAGCCCGGAUCCUCUAGACAGACGAUUGGCGGCACUAGAAAGACUAGUCGGUACUUUGAUGAACGACACUUCUAAUUCUGUCCCCCGUCACGGGAUGAGAGGAGAGGAAGCUCAAUCCAGUGUUCCUAGACAGCCUGCUAUCCCAAGGCAAGCCGAUCACGACUCGAUAAAAUGCUUGAAACACAACGACAUCCCCUUCGGCAAGCUACUCGAAGACCUCGACAGUGCGUAUAUACGUGGCAGAUUGGGUACUGAUGCGCUGCAUGAGUCCUUUAUCCUAUGGGAGAUUUACAAAGAAAAUGUCGCAGCGGUCCUACCGAUUCUACAUAAGCCGACCAUCCAAGCCCUGAUAAUGCAAGCAUCGACGGACCCUGAGUCUGUAGACCAGAGCUCAAGGACUCUACUUUUGGUGGUUUACCUCUCGGCUGUUAUCAGCUUGACAGAUGAACAGUGUGUCCAAGAGCUGGGAGAUGAGCGUACUCAGCUUAUCAUUCGCUACAAACAAGCAACACAAAGAGCAUUCACCAAAGCAAAUUUGUUGGCAACAACUAACGUCAGCCUUCUGCAAGCAGCAGUUCUAUACUUAUCUUGCAUGCACAAACAUUAUGCAGACUCUUCCUACGUCUGGGCAAUGACAACAGUAUUACGUCGCGUGGCUCGGCAAAUUAAUAUGCACCUCGAUGGGGCUAUUCUUGGAAUGAAGCCUUUGAAGUUGAAAUGCGUCGCAGGCUCUGGUGGCAUCUUUGCCUAUUGGAUGUGCGCUCAUCGGAGGCCCUUGGCACGGACUGCGAAAUAA